GACUGAAAGGAGGCCCUUUCAUGGCUUCUUCUCUCUCUCUCUCUCCUCUGUUUAAUUAACAAGAUGGUGUGAGUGAAACUGAGAUAUUGAGUUAAUACUUUUAUUUUAAAAAUAAGGAAUCCAUGAAUCAUUGGUUUCUGUUGGGUUUCUCUCUCUUGUCGUAGUAUAUAUAAGCUUACUUGGGCAUUUCGUAAAGCGCAAACAACAGGCGCUCAUCAGUCUGAGGGAGGAGAGAGAGAGAGACGUAGCGGUAGCGGCCCCUUCCAAUCCAAGUCAAAAUACUCCGAACCCAAAAAAGAAACAUUAUACGACCCAAAGAAGCUGGGAACAGCGAUUUCAAAGAGGAGAGAGGAGGAGGAGGGGAGAGAUUGGAGAUUGGAGAAGGAGAAAACCAUAUUGGUUUAUUGUGUCUGUCGGAUUCAGUUUGAUCGUGCAAUCGGAUGGUAUUGGGAAUCGUGGGUCGUCAGAGAUGGUCGGCGGCAGCGGCUGCAGUGGUGAUGUCGACGGAGGGUGGUGGUGGGGUUCCUUCUGAGUGGUCGAGUCGGACUGCGAGCGGCGGUUUGCGACCCAGCGGGGACGAUGAGGAAGGGAAAGGGGAGGAGUAACGGUUUGUUGCCCAAUUCUCUUCGGAUUAUUUCCUCUUGCUUGAAGACGGUCUCCACGAAUGCCAGUACCGUUGCUUCCACCGUGAGGUCUGCAGGGGCGUCCGUCGCCGCUUCUAUUUCUGUUGCUUCUGAUGAGGCCAAAGACCAGGUAUUAUGGGCUGGCUUUGACAAGCUAGAGCUUGAUCAAUCUACCUUGAAACAUGUGCUCUUACUUGGUUACUCCAAUGGCUUUCAAGUCCUUGAUGUUGAGGAUGCUGCCAAUGUCAGUGAACUGGUUUCUAAGCGUGAUGGUCCAGUUACGUUUUUACAGAUGCAGCCCAUUCCUGAGAAGUCAGAAGGUUGUGAAGGGUUUAGAGCAUCACAUCCAUUACUCUUGGUUGUUGCAGGGGAUGAAACCAACUCCUCAGGUCCUGUUCAUGGAGGGGGCUAUUUGAAUGGGGUGAUCAGAGAUGGUAAUAUUGAUCCUCAACCAGGAAACUGUGUCUCUCCUACUGCUGUGCGAUUUUACUCGCUAAGGUCUCAUAGUUAUGUUCACAUGCUGAGAUUUCGGUCAGCUGUGUAUAUGGUCAGAUGCAGCCCUCGCAUUGUAGCAGUUGGUCUUGCAAAUCAAAUAUACUGCUUUGACGCCCUCACACUGGAGAUGAAAUUCAGUGUUUUGACCUAUCCUGUUCCUCAGGUAGGAGGUCAAGGAGCAGUUGGAGUUAGCAUUGGUUAUGGUCCAAUGGCUGUGGGUCCCAGGUGGCUAGCUUAUGCUUCAAACAAUCCUUUACUGUCAAAUACAGGCCGCCUUAGCCCACAAAACCUUAGCCCUUCUCCAGGUGUUAGUCCGUCAACAUCACCAAGCAGUGGGAGCUUGGUGGCUCGCUAUGCAGUAGAGUCAAGUAAACAUUUAGCUGCUGGCAUAAUAAAUCUUGGUGAUAUGGGAUACAAAACAUUGUCUAAAUACUGCCAGGAGUUCUUACCUGAUGGUUCUAACUCUCCAGUAUCGACAAAUUCAGGGAGGAAAGUUGGUAGACUUGCAUCAUCAACACAUUCAAAUGAAACAGAUAAUGCAGGAAUGGUUGUUGUUAAGGAUUUUGUUUCUAGAGCAGUUAUUUCACAAUUUAGAGCUCAUACAAGUCCAAUAUCUGCACUAUGCUUUGACCCAAGUGGGACCCUUUUGGUUACUGCCUCUGUACAUGGAAACAAUAUAAAUAUAUUCAGGAUUAUGCCAUCCUGCAUUUCAACUGGAUCAAGCACCCCUAGCUAUGAUUGGAGCUCUUCUCAUGUGCAUCUUUAUAAGCUAUAUCGUGGAAUUACCUCAGCAGUGAUACAAGAUAUCUGUUUUAGUCAUUAUAGUCAGUGGAUAACCAUUGUUUCCUCGCGGGGAACGUGUCAUGUGUUUGUUCUAUCUCCUUUUGGUGGUGAGGUUGGUCUUCAAACACAAAAUUCCAGUAGUGAUGGGCCCACCCUCUUACCAGGUCUAUCUAUUCCAUGGUGGUCUACUUCAUCCUGUAUGGUAAACCAGCAGUUGUUUUCGCCUCCACCAUCCAUUACACUCUCUGUUGUAAGCAGGAUAAAAAACAGCAAUUCUGGUUGGCUUAAUACGGUUAGCAAUGCUGCAGCUUCUGCAACAGGAAAAAUAUUUAUUCCUUCUGGUGCUGUUGCUGCUAUUUUCCACAAUUCUGUAUAUCGUGGUCUUCAGCACUUGCCCUCAAGAGCCAAUGCCUUGGAGCACUUAUUGGUUUAUACGCCAUCUGGCCAUGUAGUUCAACAUGAACUUCUUCCGUCCCUGGGAGCAGAACAAAGUGAGAACAGUUCAAGAACUGGAUCGGGUUCUAAUAUGCAAAUACAAGAUGAUGAGUUGAGAGUGAAGGUGGAACCUCUUCAAUGGUGGGAUGUUUGCAGAAGGUCUGAUUGGCCAGAAAGAGAGGAAUGCAUUUCUCAAGUUUCCUUUGAUAGACAAGAAGCUUCCGAGACAAUCAUGGAUAGUUCUGAUUCUGAAGAUAAUGAUGUGAAGUAUAUGAUGGAACAGAAUACUAGCAUUGUGGGGAAAGAGUUACUUAAAUCCCAUGAAAGACCUCACUGGUAUCUUUCCAAUGCAGAGGUGCAGAUUAACUCUGGGAGGAUUCCCAUUUGGCAGAAAUCUAAGAUUUCCUUCUAUAUGAUGAUUCCCUUGAGGACCAAUGAGAGGUGGCCUACUAAAGAUUGUGCCGGUGGGGAGAUUGAAAUUGAGAAGGUUCCUGUUCAUGAAGUUGAAAUAAGAAGAAAGGAUUUAUUGCCUGUUUUUGAUCAUUUCCAUAGUAUCAAAUCAGAUUGGAAUGACAGGGGUCUUGUUGGUGGAAGAUAUAUGAACUCUUCUUCUGAUACUCCCGGAACUAAGGGCAAGUUCACUGAAGAGACUGUUACUUGCCAUUCUAAGCCAGCUUCUCUUGGAUCUGUGGGAAGCUCAGAUGGGGGGUCUGUGAGAACUGAAUCUUUACUUGAUUUGGAUCAAAUAAAUACCAUGAAAUCUUCUGUAUCUGUGAAUCCAACUGCGAGUGAGACCAAUCAUGAUACAAAGGGGAGUCUCAGUAAUUCAUCAUCCUUUCUAAGCCCAGAUCCUUCUGACCAAGUGGAUGGAACAUUCCCUUCUGAACAUUGUACCAAGUCUGAUAAUCUUGUGGGGGAUAGUUCUGUUAUAAAUGGUUUAUCCUCUUCACCUUCUGUUGGAAGUCCUCUCACCAGUGGUGCUCUCACAAAAACUGGUGUGAUCAGUGAAAUAUUGAAUGCAAGUUCUGAUUGUUCAACCUUUGGUAUCAAAACUUCUGCUGAUGGGCCUGGGCAUGUGGAGUUGCAAGAGCCACUAGAUUUUGGGCAGUAUUUUGAUGAGGGCUAUUGUAAAGUGACAGAGCUUGAUGAAUGUCGUGACUCCACUGAAGUUGUUACUGAUGCUGACAGCAAUAGCAGCCAUUGUGAGAGAGAUAAACCUGAAGAAGGAGACAAUGAUGACAUGCUUGGGGGUGUAUUUGCCUUCAGUGAGGAAGGGUGAUCUCUACCUCUAUCCUCAAGUCCAAGAAUAGCUGCAUUCAUUAUACCUACCCGCUAUUCAUAUUCAAGGAUUUUGUGGCAAGGUUUUCUGGAUGCCUUCUAAAGAGGUCAGAUCAAGAUUAUUUCCAGACUCCUAUUGAAGUGCAAGAUUUCAAUUUCUAACUGAAAAGGCUACUGGUUCCAUGGAUCAGGGGAGGGCAUGUCAACCACUUCAACCAAAGUGACUCUCCCUCACAUUCUUGUACAUGUUGUAGAUGGAAAUUCAUAAUUCAUGGGAGGCUAGCUUUUGGGUGUGGGGAAGUUUGGACUUUUGGGUUUAUUCCCUGUCUUGAACUUUCUAUCGGGUUUUCUGUACAGAUGAUUUCAGUGUAAACAGGUUCUUUCUCUAAGCUGUGUAACAAAUAUUUUUUCUAAAAAAAGGAAAAAGAAGAUUAAACAACUCGUUACAUUGUGCAAGCAAAA